AUGGCAGACAACUCUCCGUCCCUCAUUCCCUUCCUCGGUGCCAUGACGGGCUCCCAGAGGGAAGGUCAAAGAUAUUCUGCAGGCAAUGGUUCAACCGGUUCACACCCCAACGUCGGCGACAUGGAGUCUCCGUAUCCUCCCCAGUCCUAUACCCAGACACCCGCUCGAUCCAUCCACAUCGACUUUACCGGCUGGCCACAGAGAGUACUCGGAAUCACCGAGGGAAGCCCCAGCGGUGCAGUCAUCUACCGUCUUGACUUGACACGAAACCGACAGAUGAAAUUCUCUAGCGCAGGAGCAUCCAGCGCCCCGCUCGCAACUGCCACCAGCCGAGGAAGUAGCGGCCUCGACGUGGCCAUUAACGGACAGAGAAUCGCCGUGGAUAUAAAGACCAGACUCAGGAAGGAAGGGCAGUAUCGGUCACCGUCCUUGCACAAUGGACCAUUAGCAUGGAAGAGCCGGAGUAUGAAGGUGGUCGACUUUGAGCUGCGGGAUGGGAACGGCACUCUGCUGGCCCAGUUUAAUCCUCACCCUUCGUGGUCUCGGCGGAAGGCAGGCCGUCUGGAUCUCUUCGGCCCCAGUGUCAGCAGCGGGCGACCGAUGGAGGAGAUUAUGGUGACGGGGCUCUCUUUGGUCCAUUCAACCGAUGUUCAACUCGAGGCGGCAGCAGCAGGGGCGUCUUCAUGA